AUCGGGGACCCGCGGAGGCUCCGUGGCGGGGGGCGUAGGUCGUCUUGCUGAAAUCCGGGAAUCCGAAAUUCGUGCAAUAUUCCUUUCCUCUAGUCAUCAGUGUCAUAUGUUGGGUAUCUGUUAUUGGUAUAUUACUGAAGAAAACGUAUCAAGAAUGAGCUUUUGCACCGAUGAUUCCUGCUGAAGGAGCGUGGACUUUGCUGGUCUUAAAUCGGGCUGAUAAUGGCAGUUUUCCUCGUGAAUAUUUGCAAAUUCAACGGCUGUGGAUUGACGUAUCCAUCGCUUGGAGACCUAAUUCAGCACAUAGAAGAAACCCAUAUAGACUAUGACCCGUGCAAUCAGGAGCAGCAGGAGCGGCAGCAGCCCUCCUGCAUCCCCCUCAGCUCGGCGCUGCGUUUCUUCACCAACGUGCCGCGUAAGAGCGGUGGCCCGGCCAAGGUGGCGCCGCAGGCGGCGGCGGUCGUGGCCGGCGGCGGCGGCGGCGGCAGCAGCGGCGGCGGCGGAGGCGGUGCGGCCGGCCUGCCCGGCCUCGGCCGCGCCAGCUCCACCGGCAGCGCCUCGCCGUCAGUGGCGAGCGAGGAGCCCGAGUACGACAUCAUGACCGACUCCGAGGACAGCAACGACUCAUGGACCACUCAGGAAGAAUUCUCGGCGGAGUUCAUCAUGCGCUACGGCUCAAAAAUGGCCAAUCCAAAUGGCAACGAAGAGAAACCGUACUCUUGCCCCGUACCUGGCUGUAAGAAACGUUAUAAGAACGUUAAUGGUAUUAAGUAUCACGCGAAAAACGGUCAUAAAAAGGACGCCAAAAUUCGGAAGGCGUUCAAGUGCCACUGCGGCAAGAGCUACAAGACGGGUCAGGGUUUGAAGAACCACGCGGUGAUGAACCACGCCGGCACGCCGCUGACGACCAUCACCACCUCCAUGGGGGAGGUGCUGCAGAUCCCCACCAGCCAGGUGACGACGCUGCAGCCGGUGCGGGUCAGCCUGAGCGCGCUGAUGGGCGGCGGUCUGAACGCCAUGCCGGUGAAGACGGUGGCCGCGCGCCACCUGCUCAACACCACGUUCAAGGACAGCAUGCGUCGCGCGGGCGAGACCGCCAGCGCGCCGGCGCGGCACGAGGAAGAGCGCGGCCCGCAGGCCAUCACGCUGACCGGCGUGUCGCGAGGCAACACCAUACAGGUGGCAGUGCCGGCGUCGGGGAUCAUCCCGCUGGGCGGCGACAAGGAGCUGACGGCUGUGCCCGUGUCGCGGCUGCUGGCGCAGGGGCUGGGCGCCGGACUCAAACUGGCGCAGAUCGGCGCGCCGGCCGCCACCGCGCACGUGGCGAUCGCACACGCGGCGCGCGCCGAUCCCGCCGCUACAGUCGUCAGGGUCGAGCAGGUGAAUGGGCCGCGUCGGCGGGCGGGCGGCGCUCGAUAUUAG